AAAAAAAAAAAAUUUAUAUAUACAAAUACAAAUACAUAUAAAUUGUAUAUAUAGAUAUAUAUAAGUAUAUAUAUAUAUAAUAUAUAGUGAGAGAGUGAGAGAGAGAGAGAGAGAGAUAUAUAUAUAUAUAUAUAUAUGUAUCUGCAGUGGAGUUCCUGGUGUAUGAAGCUCUCCCGCAACUGUCUCCGUCCACAUAGAAACACAACAUUAUUUGUCUAAAGGGAUCCUUAUAAAUAUAGCUUCAACAUGGCUGACGCGCCCAGCAAUCUGUCCGCACAGGACCAAGAAUUUCUAAAGAAGUUUGGCAGGCUUCCGCCAAAGAAUAAGCUUGCACAGAAGAGGAUGAACCGUGGUGGGGAACGCAAGUACUUUGAUUCUGGAGAUUACGCUCUCAGUCAAGCCGGCAAGUCUCAGAACAAAGUUGGUCGAGCACUCCCCACACCAGAGACGAUUCCUCAUCAUUCGGACAAUGUGCAACCUAAGAAGCAGUCACAUUUGUCUGAGAAAUCUGGUUCGCUUACAAACCCUGAUAAGCCAUCUGAUAGCGAGAAAAAAGCCUGAUACAUGCAUUCAAAUAUUUGUAUCAAUACUACUAAAGCGGUUUGCUGCCGCCUAUCUGCAUAAAAGUCUAUAGAUAAUUCUCGUCUCUUGCUUUUG